UGACAGUUGUCAUUGUCAGAAUUACACUAAAAUUACACUGAAAAAUGAAAAUUUACAAAUAAGAAUUUAUGACAUACUUGCCACAAAUUCCGCUGAAUUUAUUUGAUCAAAUAUUUAAAUUAUAUGGCCGAUGAAAGCCUACGUCAUAUACCAAAAGUAGAGAUCGAGUAUUGUAAAGUGUGCGACUAUGGAAGUCAUUGCUUAAGUCUUGCCAAAACAAUUAAAAGUAUUAGUCCAGAAGCAAUAGUAAUUUGUAACAAAGGUAGACAAGGUUCUUUUGAAGUGGUGGUCAACAAUAAACUGAUUUAUUCAAAACUACAAACAAUGGCUCUACCAGAUUAUGAGGAAGUGGCAGGCGUUGUUAAUGAAGUACAGAAUGGCGCAGAGCCAAGGGAGAUUAAAGGAGAACAACCAAUAAACUGCACUAUAUCAUAACAUUUAAUAAAAUAUCACAACACCAUUUCCCUUAAAAAUAUAAAAACAAAUUAAUAACAGUGCUCAAAUAUACUACAUUAGUGGAUAGAAUGGGAUUAUGCCUCUAUUCACUACUAGUACUAACUGAAAAUAAAAAAAAACAGGCUUCAUGGGUUACCAAUCCUUUUCUCUAAACACUCUAGUAUGUAGAUAAUGUUGUAGAAAUAAUUAAGUUAUUAAUGUUCAAUGAAAAAAAAUAAUUAUUAAAAUAAUAGUAAAUAAAUAUCAUACUAAUAA